GUCCCGGGGAAAGCUCUGUCACGCCGCGUGGGAGGGCGAGCGGAUAGUAGAGGAGCUGCCGCGGCGGUAUUUAUAAGACAGCUGAGGAGAGCUCAGACAGCACGGACACAGCAGCGGAGUUCAGCACCGGCAGCGACUGGACAGCGACACGUAGCCACUUCUUUUUUUUAAAACAAAAAACCCCUCAAAACCUCUCUAGCAGCCAUCAUGGUUCUCAUCUGGACUCAGUUCGGCGUGAAGCACAAAAAUGUCAAUGUCAAGUGCAAAGUGCGGGUGAUGCACAGAGGUGACAGCUCGGGCUCGUCUUCAUCAGCGGAGGGCAGCAAGUCUGAGCAGGACACACCCUGCCUCGCCAUCAAGCCCACGGGCAAGGACUUCUACAAAGUCCUGGGUGUCACCCCCGAGUCCAACGAGGACGAGAUCAAGAAGGCCUACAGGAAGAUGGCCCUCAAGUUCCACCCGGACAAGAACAGCGACGCCGACGCCGAGGACCGGUUCAAGGAGAUCGCGGAGGCCUACGAGAUCCUCACCGACCCCAAGAAGAGAAGCAUAUACGACCAGUUCGGAGAAGAAGGCCUUAAAAAUGGGGUGUCAAUGACGGGCCAGGGCCAGGGUUUCCGCAAUCACUUCCACGGCGACCCCCACGCCACCUUCUCCACCUUCUUCCACGGCUCCGACCACUUCGACAUCUUCUUCGGCUCCGAGCCCGACGAAGACGACCUCUUCAACCCCUUCAGGCGCUUCCCCUUCAGCCACGUGAACGGAAGCCACGACGCCGGCCUGCGGCGGGGCCAGCGGCGUCUGCAGGGCGACGAGGUGGUGCACGACCUGCUGGUGACCCUGGAGGAGGUGAUGCACGGCUGCACCAAGCACGUCAAGAUCACGCGCAGCCGCCUCAACCCCGACAGCCGCAGCCUGCGGUCCGAAGAGAAGGUGCUGAACGUGGUGGUGAAGAAGGGCUGGAAGGCGGGCACCAGGAUCACCUUCCCCAGGGAGGGGGACGAGACGCCCAACAGCACCCCUGCCGACAUCACCUUCAUCCUCAGGGACAAGGAGCACAACCAGUACAAGAGAGACGGCUCCAACAUCGUCUUCACCGCCCAGAUCACCCUCAAAGAGGCUCUCUGCGGCUGCACAGUAAACGUCCCAACACUUGACAACCGCAUGAUGCCUCUGCCGUGCAGCGACGUCAUCAAACCGGGUGCUGUCCGGCGGCUGCGGGGCGAGGGCCUGCCCCUGCCCAAGAGCCCGUCCCAGCGGGGCGACCUCGUGGUGGAGUUCCAGGUGCUGUUCCCCGACAGGAUCCCACCACAGUCCCGAGAGAUCAUCAAGCACAGCCUGGCCCAGUGCUAGCCCGCAUUUAGAAUUUUUUUUUAAUAAUAAUCACAUCUAAUGGCCUGAUUGAGGCAGCUUCACCAUGUGUGUAUGUUGUUAUCAAUUCACAAACACAGCCUUGCCCAAGGUGCUAGUAUCACAACCAAUCACAACCUCUUAUUGUGUUUGGAGACGGCAAGUAGCGCUUAAGUGUGUUGUGGCUCAUGCGAGGGGAGGGGAGACUCUCUGCAGGCGCGACGCACAGCCGCUGUGCUGCAGUGAGUUCAGAACUGGUGAAUGGGGUCUUUGGUAUCUGAGGGCAUCCAUUGACUCAACAGCUUUUCUCUUGAAUGAAAAGGUGAUCUGUACUGUUAUACUUGCAAACCUACAGCAGGAUAUCAGUGUGCUAUUCAAGUCUGUACAGACUUCCUUAAACCUGAGCGGUAAAAAAAAAAAAAAAAAAAAAAAAAAAAAAUCAUAAAAAAACUUUAUUAUUAUAGUUAUAUGGUGUUCAUAUGACUGAUCUUUUGCAUUGAUUUAUUACAAUAGCAUAGUAUACUUGUGUACAAAGAUCUACUUUGUGUACAAAAUGCAACAACAUUGUCUCUAAGAGAGAUUCAUCUGUCAAAUGUUCUAUUGAAUUAUUUGAAAAUGUUUGUAUAUGCUCAGCAACGUUGAUGUAUUAUUAUUAUUAUUAUUAUUACCUGAGGGAGAGACAUGUUUGGAGGCAUGAAAAAUAAAGAAAAACUCAUUUAAAGA